GAAGGAGGAACCUGAGACUGCCUAGAAAUUCUAUGUAGUAGAGAACAAAUCUACCCUGAGGAGUCAAAAGGAGAGUUGCUGGUGAGAUCAAUCGUGAGUUCUGCGAGUUGUGUGCUGCUGGUCCGUACCAUGCACUUGGAAAUGUAUAAUCACCCCCGGCUCUCCGAAUCGACCACGUAGGGCCAGCAGACGGCCAUCGGGCAGUGGUUGGGCCAAGGCGGAGGCGGUUUGUUUUGGACGCAACUUUUGGGACCUCGAGAGACUCCCGCGAUCCUUCAGCAAAAGCAGUGAAUGAACAAGGAUCAAUCAAUCCCCCACAAUACCCUUGGAUGCUGACAGGAGAAUUGUUGAUUUCCAUCAUUUCAAUCCGGAGCCAUGUGUAUUGCACUCGUCUCGACCUCACACCCGUCGUAUUCGCUUAUAGUCAUCGACAACCGCGAUGAAUUCCUCCGUCGGCCAACCUCAUCUCUCGAGUGGUGGCCAGAGCCGAAUGGCCAUGUGCUGGCCUCGCGCGACCUGGCGCGUGCCGUCCAUGGCACCUGGAUGGGAGUGACACGGCAGGGGAAAGUGGCUGUCCUGACCAACUACCGCGAGGACACGGCGGAUGCCGUGUCUGGGAUGCGUAGCCGAGGUGUGAUCGUUAACAGCUGGCUGGCGACGCCGGCAGACGGCAGCGGAACAACCCGCGAGUUCGCCGAGGAGAUGAUUGCCAGUCAGACGUUUUCCGGCGUCGGUGGGUUCAGUCUGGUAUUUGGCAGGGUCAACGAGCCUCUGGCGGUGGUAUCGAACCGGUCAUCGCAGAUCGAGAACGUCGACUGGAUUGCCACGGAGAAGAAGCAGACAGUCGGGCUCAGCAACACCGCGUUCGAUGACCGGUCAUGGCCUAAGAUCCUCGAUGGCGAGAGGCUGAUGGAGGAGGCGAUUGCCUCACAUGUCGCUGCAGGCGAGAACGAGGAGGAUCUGAUCCAGCGACUGCUCGCUGUGCUGUGUACGGAUACCCUCCCCCGCAUGCCGGAGGGGUCUGGUCUGGAGACAUACCUCCCGCAUCUACGCAAGAGCAUCUUCAUCCCUGUCAUCGGUCAUACGGACCGUCAACCCGUUCCAGCUUUGGACAAGGAGGGAGCGGAGGAGAGGUUGAAGGCAGCCUCUCAGCCAGAUGCUGCUCUGGACCCGGCAUACAUACAGGGUGCCUAUGGAACCCAGAAGCAAACCGUGGUGCUUGUAACAGACCAGGGCCGCGUCCGUUACUUUGAAAGGACUCUCUAUGACCAGCAAGUCAACCCCGUUCCGCAAGGGGAGGGCGACACAUCGGUCGAGUUUACCGUUGAGCCGCCGCCGUCGAACCCUGACGAGGGUUCCUCAUGAAAUUCCCCCUGCUGUUACCUCUACUCUGCAGGUCAGCUCUGCAGGUCAGAGUGUUCCCUGCUAUCUUCACGAGCACACCAGGUGCACGAAUGAAUGAAUGACCGGAUCGAUCUCUGGCCAAGCGCCUCUUCCACCCUCUUCUUCUUAGUCUAUAGCUUUGCGGUGGGUAAUUAAAACCCUCGCCUGUAUAUAGCCGAUCAGAUAAACCAUCCAAAAGCCGCACCAGGCAUUCAACGAAUACCCAUUUGGCAUUUCCGAUAAG